CUCCUCUCCUUCCGCGUUCUCCCUUAAUCGAACAUCAUGGCUCGAAAAUUCCCCGUCGACUCGGCUGGCCCGGAUAUUGUCCGCGACUACAUCAUUACCACCCUAAUCAGAAAGCAUGAAGCGACGCCAGAAUACGCAGAGAAACUGGCUACCUCCUGGCAAUUAGGCCGGGUCCGGGAGCUCCGCUCCGCAACGCUGAAGCAUCUGCAAGACGACUUUGGAAAUGACGUUGGCUUGUGUAUUUAUCGCUCCAUUCGAGAGGAUAUGCUCGAAGACUGGCAGGAAACGACUGCUGCAGCAGUCACAAUUUGGUCUGUGUCUACCGCGACGAUGAUCCAUCUUGUGGUUGUCGGGUUGUUCAUUUUACCCGAAUUGGGACUCAUGCAACCUUGUGAACGUAUCCGCGUGGCAAAGUCGCCUGCGUCGUGGCUGUUGUUUGGUUUCGCCUGGCUCAAUUAUCACUACCAGAGACAGGAUAUCGAAGAGCCGGGUCAUAUAUCACUCGCAGGUCCUGUAGGGCUUUUGAGUAUAAGUGUGGGUCUGUAUUUGUUUUCAAUGUAGAGUACAUGCCUUCCAGUUUUCUUUUAUAAUGUUUAUGGAGACCGCUUGCAGUAUGUUGAG